CGCUCGUGCCGCUGCCCUUUCCUGUAAGCCAACAGAGCUACAUGUUAUAGCACACUUAGCUUGUCAUCUCUCUUUAUAUCUUUGUGUUCAUCAAGUCUGUAGGACGUCCUGGUCAAACGCAAACAUGGCAGAGGCCCUUCAAAAGAAACUGAAAGCGGAGUUAGAAAAAUAUACAGGGAUGCAGAAAGAUGUGAGUAAGAGCAUGUCAGCCAGACAGAAGCUGGAGAGUCAGCUGACUGAUAACAACAUUGUCAAAGAGGAGCUAGAUCUGCUGGACAGCACAAACACAGUAUACAAGCUGAUUGGUCCAGUAUUAGUAAAACAAGACCUGGAUGAAGCCAAAGCCACCGUCACUAAGAGGCUGGAGUACAUCAAUGGAGAGAUUCAGCGGUACGAGGCGCUCCUGAAAGACAUGGAAAAGAAAUCUGAACAGCAUCGAGAACUCCUGUCCAGUUUACAGCAAGAAUAUCAGCGAGCUCAAGGCAUGGCUGGCAAAGUCUGACCAUGUGAUCCAACAGCAAGCUCACACCGAAACCCCCCCCCCACACACACACACACAGACAGACAGAUAAAAAGAAGUGGAUUAUAUAAUUUUAGCCUUAAACAUCAGUCUGAGUGAAUUCUGCUUGUAUCUCUGACUUUGUCUUAUUACUAAUAAACCUGUUUUUCAUAGUCCAA